AAAAUAUAUAAGAGGGUUAAUAAGAAGUGGGCUUGAUUAUGGCACAUACUUGUGUCCAAUAAGCCGAACGGAAGUUAUCUACAAGUUUUUCUCAUAUCUUGAAGUUUUCUCUUGAGAUAAGAUUUGCAGUGCUUUGGAUAGACCCCUGUCAAAAUCGACUUAGCGUGGUUUCUGUUCCAAAAAGAGGAUAAGGGACCCACAAAGGGAUUGUCACUGAUUUUUGUCAUAAUUCUGUCAUCAACAAAAACCGCCAGUUUAUUUUUUGUUGUUGAUGUAGGAUAUUGCCUUGUGUAUAUCAUUAAGGUGUGACAGGUAGAUUUGACACGCGUGUUCCCCCUCUACCGCCUGGACAGUUAAUUUUGGACAAUUUUGAACUCUGUUGGAUCUUCGGUCGUGUAAUAAACUUUCUUAAAUAAUUGCCAGUUGUAACAUUAUGUGAUAGAUAAGUUCCCUGUAUGAUUGUGAUUAGUUUGAAUGCAAAGUCUUCAAAAUGCUGGAAGUGGAAGGAUUCAGAAGAAAUUUUUCUAACACAGGAUUUGCUCAACCACCUCAGAUUAUCUACCCAGGCACAAAUGAUGCAACAGUACAUCCGGUUUCCCAUCAUCCUUUUCUUCCUCUGAACCAAGGACAACCAUGGUUACAAGAGCAUGAAGAAGAGAGACCAUCAAGGUCACCUGAUACGGGUAGCCAAUCAGCGGAAGAGGACGAAGAUGAUGAGUAUCGCCCUUUUACGCCACCCCCGCCCCGUGAGCGCUUGAGCUACACCCGUUAUCAAUUAGAACUACUGAACUGCAUCUAUAAUCACGUGAGGUAUCCCAACAGCACCCAAAAACAGCUGAUCGCAAAACGUGUUGGUAUCACGAGAGAACAGGUUAAAAUAUGGUUUCAAAAUAGAAGACGGAAAGACGUUGUUGGUAAACAAGAAGAAAAGUCAAAGACCGAAGAACACGAAAGUCCAGACAGCAAAAGUGGUGAAAGUGACAAAAGUGACCACAGUGAUAAAGUCCAUAAUGGCGACAGUGACUCAGGAGUUAGUGACACCGGAAGUACUACUGAUGAACAAGACAAAUCAAUGGUUCCAACAGUUGUGCUCAAAAGUAUCAUAGCCGAAUUGAACAGAUUUGAAAAAGAUGCGCUAAAACCGAAAAAGAAAACGAAAAAGAAGUCUAAAACCGUUAAGAAGAAAGAGCUAAAGGCCAGUCUUGCAAAUGCUUUGUUACAAGGCGGCUUCGACAUCAUCAACCCUCCAAACCAAGUUGUGCCUUCCGCUAGAGGACAAAAACAUGUUAGCAAAUUCUCACAUUGCUCAAAAUCCUCAGCUUUUGAAUCUCCUAGAGAUUUGUCAAAAACCGCGCCAAAUAUAUUUGACUUUCAAUCAAUGGGUAGUGCCGCCAUGCUGCGAAGUCCAACACGAGCAUAUAUGUCGAACACUCUCGGGCUACCGACAGGUGCCCUUGGAUGUGAUUUACCAGUAUUGUCUGACUUACUGACUGCAAGUGCUGAACAAAGAAAAGAACCGGGUGAUGUACGCAGUAUUCCAUGCAGAAACCCAAACAAUCCAAUCGAUCGAGAGCGACGCGGCGAAUUCUCCCCAAACCACCCACAUUUUCCAUCACCAUACUCCAAUCCCUAUGGUUACAUUCACCCCUACCAUUUUUUAGCUGAGCCUGGGUUUAUGCUUUCCACAUUACGGCAUUCGGAACCCUACAGACAUUUUGGCCACUUUCCACCCAUAUUCUGUUCCGAACCGUCGUCAUUUCACCAGAUCACUCCUGCACAUUUGAGUAAUCCGUAUUAUUCGUCAAUUUCACCCGCUUCCUCCCUUCCAUGGAACAAUCAUAAUCUUUCAACAUCUUCCUCCAAUGACUCUACUUACGAACAGCUGUAG